AUGUUGCCAGGACACACACAUGAAGACAUUGAUGGUGUGUUUAGCUUGGUCGCCACAAGCCUAGCUUCAGCGGCUGACAUCCAAACACCAGCAGACAUCCGGCGUCGCGUCCUGCACUCGUUGAGCCCGCUGUUUGCAAAACGUGGCUGGAACUUCACUGUGGAAAUGGUGGAUACGGUACGUGAUUGGGCAGCGAUGGCACCAAGCACGGUUACCUUCAAGAAUUGCUUUAAGAUCAGGCAGCAGCAGGAUGAGUCAGAUACAGUUCCAGUGCCGCAUUCUUUCAAUUUCAUGGCCCGACAGGACAUGCCCGGCCAAGGAUCGUGGUAUGAGUCAAUGCUGGAUGGUGGCCCUGAGAAUGUCGGCACUGUCCCGGACUUGUCGUUCUUGAAGAAUGCGCCAACUGUUCCUGCAGAUGUGCAUGACAUCCAGCUAGGAGAGCCAGCUGUCAAAGAUCUUGUGAUGACAGGUACUCCAGCCAAACGCCUUACCACGCUGGUUCCCAAUUCGUCCACAGAUGAGUUCUACCUGCCGCUGUACUGCUUUGACUACUCCCCUACUGGGAAGAACGGAUGCCAUCAAGAUACAUCGGCGCAUGUCAUCAACAAAGAUCCCUCUGAAAGACGCCAUGACAAAAGUCAUCGCGGACUACAACCGCCUCACAUCGGUGCGGCGGCACCGAGUGGACAGCGCCAGGACUUCAGCAGACGUGCGUCAAAAGAGUUCUCGCAGAAGGCGAAGGCAAAGGUUUUCCAGUUCAUCCAGUUUUGUCAAGUUAAGCCAAUCCGCUUGCCUGCCUUGCCCCUUCCCUUGCAGAAGUCGCAGCAGCUGGACGAAGAGGGGCAAAUUCUUCUUCAUGACACAGCUUGUCUUUGGAUUUGGCUCUCCAGCAAGCUGAAGGGAAUGUUUUCGUCCGAGACCAUGGACAAGUUCCAGAAGCUCUUCGAUGAGGGGAAAUCAGCCAAGAAGGAAGAGGAGCCGGACCCAUCCAUCAAGAAAGAAGAAGAUGAUUCAGAUGCUGAGAAGGAUGAGGGAAAGGAUGAUGACGAGGAGAUCCUUCUACGGGACAUGCGCUACAAGCUUGAGGCCGAUGAUGACCUCAAAGCCGAAGAGCCACCUCGCAAGCGCAUCAAGGUGGAGAAUUGCACUCACGAGCACGUUUCCACUUUGACCAAUGUGUGGUCCUUCGGAAGUGGGGAGUGGAGAGAUGGGCAGGAUGCGGUGGAGGUGAUGGACAAUGUGGAAGGGAGAUGGUUCUCAUUUUCUCCUCAGAUGUCAGAUCUCAUCAUCCUAGAAAAAGGCACAGUGCCAUCACACCUCUCCACCAUCGAAAACCUUGACAAGGCGGUAACUGUCACCAGCAUUUUGUCCGACCUCGCUGACCAUGGUGAAGUCAAGGUGAACAUAUCGCAUCAUGAACUGAAGGAUGGAGGCAUCAAGCGUGUGAAGGAGCUGGUGUUUGUGUUGGACGAGCCGGAGUCCAAUCGCAAAAAGAAGAAAAAGACUGUGACGGCCAAGAAUCUUGGCAGCUUCAUGAACAUCCCCAAGCUGAAAGCGAAUGACACCACGAUGGAGCUCACCUGGCGUUGCAGGCGAUGGAUGGGUUAG